UCGUAAACGGUCGGCGCAGCUCGUGAAGCGGCGCAGGCGCCGUUCGGACAUCGCGGGCAGGAGAUCAGCUCGCUUCCAGCAUCCUCCUCAGAUUCUCCGAGGGCUCUGACUAGGCUUCCUUGGCCGCGGGGGUAAGAGGUGAAGCCAAGCCAGAUUUUAAAUCUAAUUUUAGAUAAUGGCAACUGGUGAUUUAAAAAGAAGCUUACGAAAUCUAGAACAAGGAAUUCGAUUGCUUGGUUAUCCUAGAGAGGUGGAUUAUUCAGGUUUAGUAAAAGGUGAUCCUGCUGCAUAUUUGCCUAUUAUCAGCCAUUCCCUGACUUCAUAUUCAACUUAUGUGGCAGAAUUUUUGGUCAUCUCCAAUACAGAACUCACAGCAAAGAAUGAUUAUCGAUUUAUUGACUCCGUCUAUAAGCUUCUUCGAGAUAAAUUUCACUAUAAACCAAUUUUGACAAAAAAGCAGUUUUUCCAGUAUGGGUUCGUAGAGUGGAAGAUACAGAUUGUCUGUGAUAUUUUGAAUUUAGUGAUGAAAAAACACAAGGAGCUGUGUAACCUGGAUAAGACUGUAAUCCAGAAAAAGAAACGUCAUAUCAAGCCGGUAUCUUUUUUAAAUUUUGAGAAAACUCUUGUAGAACCUGUUGUUCCAGAUUUCACAUUCAGGGCUCUGCCUUCAGAGCAGAAAAAGCCACUUGUGGAACGUCACCCAAAUAGUGAAAAUUUGUCUCACCUACUCUUUUCUGAAACUGAAGAUAAUGAAAAUUUUAAUGAACCUGGAAAAGAUGUUAUUGGAAUCACUUGUGAAUCACAAGACACAGAACUUAAUGCUAAGAUUGAAGACCUUCGGAGUAUGCUUGCUGAAUGUCAAGAAAAACUUAAAAAACAGAUUUUGAUAGAGGAUAAGUUACGUUAUUUGGAAGAACAACUGAAAGGAAAAGUGAUUAUGCAAGAACUGGAAUCUGAUGUUAAUUCUGAGAUUGCAGAACUACGGAAUAUUCUUGCUGAAUGCCAAGAAAAACUUAAAAAACAGACAUUGAUUGAGGAAAAGUUACAUUAUUUGGAAGAACAACUGAAAGGAAAAGUGAUUAUAGAUGAAAUGGUUUGGAAUAAUCUUUUAAGUCGUGUCACCCUCCUUGAAACAGAAAUGCUUUUACAUGUUAAAAAGUAUGAUGUACCUUCAGAUACUCUUGAUUUGAAAGAAGAUCACAAGUAUAGCAGGAACAGGGUUCUUUCACCUCCUGGUAUCGAAUAUCCUUAUCACAUGGGAGGAUUCACUCACAACAACUUAUUACUUGAAGGAGGAAAAAAUGACUUGGCUGCUGAAAAAGAGCCUGAUAGAAAAAGGAGGGAAGAUAUGCCAGAGAGUCUUCUUGAGCAGUCUGGAUACAGCUUACUGUUAUCCACAGAUUCUUCUCCCCAACCCAGUACUAUUAAUUUCUUUGGUUUGACAGAGACUUCAAAGGAAACAACAAUGGAGAAAAUAGAAAGGAUAAAAAAAAUGUUUCAAGAAACUGCUGACUUGUUGAAAUAUUCAAAUAACUCUUCUUAGAAUUUCCUCCAUGGACUUCUGAGACUCAACACUGAACAUUUUCUUUAUUUUAAGAUUUAUUUGUACAGUUUAAAAUAUAUUGAUAUUGAUACAUUAAGAAUUCCAUUUGGUGUAUUCAUUAUUGAAGAAGUAAUUUAUUUCUUUUGAACUGUAAUUACACUACUUUACUGUGUUUGAGCUUUUCGCGAGGAAAAUAUUCCUGUUGUUCCAGUAGAUUUCUUUUGCAGAGUGAAGUCAUUAUAGCAGUGUAUUUUUGUGUUGACAUUUGUUGGCAGUGUGCUAAGUAAUAUGUUUUUUAAAGUGCAGGCUUGAGGACCACAGUUUACAUCCUGUUGGAAACACUCCAAUGGGGACUUGCAUAUUGCACCCAAGAGAUUUUCAUGCAUACCAUUUUGCCAUCUGUGUAGUCAAAUAAGUUGUAAUGAAAAGUUAAGUGUACACAUAGAGAAUGAAAAUGUUUUUAUUUUUUAAAAUACAGCUUUUCUUUUUCAACUUAGUAGAAAAGUAGUGAUGCAUUAGAUUCUCAAUUAACUUUGAAAAAGUGAAGGUCAGUGUGAUCUCCCACUUCUAUAUUUAUGUGUAGGUCUGAAGUCUUACUGUGAAAAAGGUGUUGAGUGUUUUAGUGCCAUAUUCGGUAACACAUUUUAAGACCAGCAGCACAGAUGGAGACCAUCCAGAGUUACAAAGAUACACAAAAAGGUUUUUAGUUUUUGUUCUUUUUAUUUUGGGGGUGGGUGGAGGAGUGGAAUGGGUGCUGUGAUUUGAAGUUGUAAAUUUCUUUAGAGAUGUGGAUGAUAUUGAUGGAAGCUUACAUGGAAUUGAGUCAAGGUAAAAAAAGAAUUUAAAAUGUUCUCAUUUUAAAAAGGAAGUUUACUGUGAACAGAUUUCAAGAGAAGAUGGUUCCUUUAUUAUGAAGGAAGAAAACAAUUUUUUCCUUUGAUUUUAUUUUUCCCUAAAUAUAUAUGUAAUUAAGAAUUUUAAUUUUAAAUUUUAAAUGUUUUAUAUGGCACUAAAGUCAAAUAAAAUAAUGUUCCCUUAAA